CGGGCGGGGUGGGACGCGGGGACUCCUGGGUGCCCCCUCCCCACCCCGACAUCUCUUUAGCCCCCCCCGCCCCCCCCCGGUUCAUCCCGCCGAUAGCGAUCCUUGCCCGCGCUGCCGUGCCCCGCCGAUCCCAAAGCCAAGCCCCGGGCGCUCCGCCGAGGCGCCCAGAACCUGCCCGUGUCCCGCGGCAGGUUCAUCUCUGCCUGCGCCGCCCGGCCCCGCACCGCGCCUGACGAGGCGGGCACAGCGUGGCCCCCCGCGGGGCUGCCCCGGGCGGCGGGGCCGGGGGGGUCCCGCUGACCAUUGAACGGGGAACGGGGAGCGGGGACUGAAAUUUAGACCCGAUUUGGACUUUGCUUCCUUGCCGCCACGGAAAACUGCUGACGGCAGCUUUAGCAAAAAAAGGGGCUUGCUUGUAUUUUUUUUUCUUUAAUUCCCCCUCGCAAAGCAAAGCCGGAGCCUUGCGCCGCCCCCCGGGACGGCAUCGCCCCACGCCGGGGGCGGCUCUCCCGUAGACCCCUAGCCCGGCGCUCCGAAGGCAGAUGCGGGGACCGACCCGUUGGGGCCUGGAGGCAGCCGGGCCCCCACGAGUAAAGGUCGUCUCUCCUCCUGCCCCGGGCCCGGGGUCCCGCGCCGCGCCCCCCGCACCGCUCUAACGUCGCAACCGCCCUCGCCUGCAGAAUAAAACCGAUCCAGAGCAGCCUCGUCUCCCCGAGCCUCUGUAGCGGCGCCCGCCGAUGGGACGGCCGGUGGCGGGGCCUAACGGGGACCGGGGCACCCGCUGCUCGGGGCAGGUCCGGCCGCGGCCACCGGCUCGACGGGUGCGGGGGACUCAUGCCUGUGGUCGCCCGGUGUCGUCCCGUCCUCCCUGUCCAUGACCGGGCACCAGGCAGGGAGAGAGGAGCCAGCAGCCCCUGGCACCGAGGCCAGCCCUGCCCCGGGGGUCGGGAACGAGAGGUGUCCCCGCACAGCCCCCUUCCAAGGGAGGGUUACCCCAGGGCCCAGCGCCGUGCUGGCGAGCGGUCCCCGGGCUGGGAUGGUGGCGGCCGGGCUGGGGGGCCUGUCCCGUCCAGGCUGCCCCCGCACACCACCCGCUCCGCAGCGCGGCCCCGCUCGCUUUUCCCCUUUCAUCUCUGCCCAUCUCCACUCAUCAUCCCUUUUCUAUUUUUAGCCGGUAGACUUAGGCCUUGGCGCCAGGCCGUUUAAGACCUGUCAAAGUCCUUCAUAUUUCCCUCAUGUCACAUGGACCUUUCGCUCCCUUCCCCGCGCCAUGCGAGGGCCGUAAUUUGGAUCUGUGAGCUGGUGAGCAAAUGCAAUUUGCUCUUCUCCAUCGCUGUGCUGUCUCCGUGACCCCAGCCAGCAGGACGGCUGGUGUCCUGUCCGGGGCACUUACACAAAUUGCGGGUGAUUGAUGAAAAAUAACAAUUCUCACAAGCAGCCGGGCCUCCGCCUUCCCCUCCUCCCGGCUCCACCGGGCUGCGGCGGCCCCGCGCCCCGGGCAGCGCUGCCCCCCGACGGGGCUGCGUGGGGCGCACCGGCCGCGGGCGCUCUGGCUCCCAGGCCGAGGGGAUUUUUUCCGUGCCAAAGGCGAGCCGUCGGGCCGCCCCUUUCCCGGCCCCGAUGCCACGGCAAGGGGACUACCCCCGGGGCCUGGGGAGGGCAGCCCGGCGGGGCCGCAGAAAAGGCCGCUCGCACCUUUCCGAGCUGGGGGGGGACCCACCCGGGGGCGGGAAAAGGCCCUCCGUGGAGGGAGGGGGACGGUGCCGUUGGGCUGGGCUCUGCGCUGCUAGCCCGGGAGCAGCUGGACAGAGGGACCUGAGGAUGGACAGACAGAAGGGCCCGGCAGGAGCCCUUCGCCCCACAGGAGAGGCCCGACGGCUGGCGGGCCCUCUCAGCCCCGGGGCCUCCCCCUUCGGUCCGGCCCCGCCACCGCUGGGCCGUGGGGCAGGCGGGGAGGGGGCGGGGAGCGGCUGCCCCGACAGCUUCCCCGGCCCCGCUUGGCCCGGAGUGGGAAAUAAACAUGAAGCUGCCCUCGUUUGCUCUCACCCACCCGCGUCAGGGACAGCUCUCCUCCGCCUCCCUUCCUCCCGGGGCGCCGCAUCUCCCCCCACACCCCUCGGCGGGGUGGGAAUCCCCCUACCCUCGGGAAACCCCCCGCCCCCCCGGUGCUCCGGUGCCCGGUGGCGGGGCCGGCGUGCGGCCGCGCUGUGUGGGCACAUCCCAGGUUGUACCGGGCACCGGGGCCCGCCCGAGGCACUUUUACCGACCGGCACCGAGAGCUGCUCGAGCCGACACCGGCCCCGGCGCCGCCGCCCGCCCUCCUCCCUCCUCCCGCUACGCGGCCGCGGAGCCGGGCGCCCCGUCCGUGCGCGGCCCGGCGAGGGAAACCCGAGGAGCCCCGCCAGCGCGGCAGCCCCCGGGCCGCCCCCCCGAGCUCCCCCUGCCCUCAGACUGUUUAGAUUUCGCUCCAGCUUUAAAGAAAAUAUUUCCAGUAAUCCAGAUUUCUGGAAAAUAACAACAGUUGGGGAGACGCAGACACAAACGCCGCUGAAGUUUAUCCAGAGUUUGAACAAUUUAUAAACACAUUUUCCAGCCUGUUUGUCAGGGCGGGCGGCGACUGACCCCGGCCCGGCCGGGUGGCCGCUGCGCACCCCGCGCUGGGGGGGGGGCGCAACCUCCGCGCCCCUCCCGCACCCUGCCCUCAUUACCUCCGCGCCGCUUUGAUCCGGGAGCCCACUCAGCCCCGCCGCUGGAUUGAUUUUUUUCUAAUUAUUAUUAUUACUAUUAUUUUAAUUGGGGAGGGCCCUCCCUGCGCGGGGCGGGCUGCCCCCCGGCCGCGCACCCCCGGCUCCCCACGUCGGGGCGCGGCGCCUCGCGAGCACCGAGCCCGCUGCCUUAAAAGGCGCCGGGAGCCCCGGCCGGGCCGGGCCAGCGCGGGGGGGGGCCGCGGCCUGAAACCCGAGCGGGCA